AUGCUUUUCUUGGCAGUUUAUUUGCGUGGUUCUACACUUUCGACCUUAAACAGCUCUUUGGCGGCUCGUAUCUGUUUUAAUUACCGCGCUUACAGUAGCAAGUUUUCCAGGGCCAGUGUUUAUGCUGCAAAAAAGUCUGUACUGCCCACAAAGGAUAUAUCAGCCCAGGCAUCCGCCGAUGUGCGUCGCAUUCCUGAUGAUAUUAAAACUGUACGCAAUCGUUUGCUGUGUCAUUAUUAUCCUAAGAUUUUAGAAGGUUGUAAUGCACGCGUUUCAGACAUCACGCAAUAUGCUUUUGACUCCCGAGGAAAAAUGCUCAGACCUCUUCUGGUGCUCUUAAUGGCAGCAUGUGCUAACGCUCAUUUGUACUGUCGCACACUUGCUGAGCGCACUAGAGAGGAUGAAGUGCAUUUUUUCGAACGACAGUUGAGUACGAAGGUCACUUGUAGUCAACAUGCGAUUGCCAUUAUCUCCGAAAUGAUUCAUACCGCUAGCUUGAUUCAUGACGACCUUAUCGAUCGGGCCGACACACGCCGAGGAAAGCUAGCGACAUAUAAAAAAUUUGGAAACAAAAAGGCUGUCUUGGCCGGCAACACAAUUCUAGUUAAAGCCUCUGAGCUGCUUGCAAAAUUAGAAAAUGCUGAAGUGGUUUCUAUUCUUUCGACCGUACUGGAUGACUUAAUCCGAGGUGAAUUUAUGCAACUGUCUUCGAGCUUAGAUGAGAACCAAAGGUUUGAUUUAUACCUGGAGAAGUCUUAUAAGAAAACAGCAAGUCUUAUGGCCAACAGCUGCAAGGCGGUGACUGUAUUAGCUGGUGUAGAUGCCCACCUGGUGGAUGCGGCCUUUAAGUUUGGCCGUCAUCUCGGAAUGGCCUUUCAGCUCUUAGAUGACAUGCUUGAUUUCAUUGGCCAAGAAUCCAAACUCGGAAAACCAGCCGGUGGCUCUGACCUGCAGCUCGGCCUCGCUACUGGUCCCGUCCUCUUUGCGGCGCAAGAAUUUCCUGAACUUGAAGAGCUUCUUCAAAAAGGCGUUAAGUCAGACAAGGAGAGGUUGAGCGCGUGCUCGUUUGUGCAUCGGUCGAACGCAAUAGGACAGACACGCAUCUUGGCUGAAUUUCACUUUCAAGAGGCCCAGCGUCAGUUGGGUUACUUCCGACGCUCCGAAGCCAGGGAAUACCUCCUUCAAGUUGCAGGCAGCACGUUGCAGCGCAACUUUUAA